UGUGCCAAUUCUAGUUUUCAACACCAAUGGAAUCCCCUCUCAUGUAACCAACCCUCUGCAUGCAUCUGUAGCCCCUCUUUCUCUCUUACCCCAAAUUGUAAAAGGGAAAAAAUUGCUUUAUUAUUCACAUCAUGGAACUUGCCAUAGUACCGUUCGACUCAAGUUCCAAAGAGAAUCAAACACUUUAUCAAGAGUGGUUCAAUUAUGCAGAUGCAGAUGGGGAUGGUCGUUUUACGGGGAAUGAAGCUAUCAAGUUUUUUACCAUGUCAAACUUGUCUCGACAAGACCUAAAACAGGUAUGGGCCAUUGCAGAUUCAAGACGAGAAGGAUAUCUUGGUUUCAAAGAAUUUGUCAUAGCUAUGCAACUCAUUUCUUUAGGACAAUCUGGAUACUCAAUAACACAUGACUUGCUAGAUAGUGAAGUUAUGGAAAUUGUAAAACCACCCCAAAUGGAAGGUUUGGAUGCACAACUUGCUAAGAAAAAACGCAAACAAAAAGAUAAAGAAUUAAGUGUUAGUCCUCAACCAUCACCUGCAAGUUAUUGGUUUUCUACAAAAUCAGUAAAAAAAGUUUCAGCUUCAUCAGUGACAUCAAUUAUAGAUGGUUUAAAGAGACUUUACCUUCAAAAGUUGAAACCGUUAGAAGUUGCUUAUCGCUAUAAUGAUUUUGUUUCUCCUAUAUUGACAAAUAGUGACUUUGAUGCCAAACCUAUGGUUCUGCUUUUGGGCCAAUACUCAACUGGGAAAACAACAUUUAUUAAACAUAUGCUUAAAAGUAAUUAUCCAGGAGCUCAUAUUGGACCAGAGCCAACAACGGAUAGGUUUGUUGCUGUAAUGUCUGGACCAGAUGAAAGAAGCAUUCCUGGCAAUACUAUUGCUGUCCAAGCAGAUAUGCCAUUUUCAGGCCUUACAACUUAUGGCUCAGCAUUUUUAUCCAAAUUUGAGUGUUCUCAAAUGCCUCAUCCUCUAUUGGAUCACAUUACAUUUGUUGAUAGCCCUGGAGUUUUAUCUGGAGAAAAGCAAAGGACACAAAGACAAUAUGAUUUUACAGGUGUAACAUCUUGGUUUGCCGCUAAAUGUGAUUUAAUACUUCUUCUAUUUGAUCCUCACAAACUUGAUGUUAGUGAUGAGUUCAAACGUGUGAUAUCAUCCCUUAAGGGACAUGAUGACAAAAUUCGAGUGGUUUUGAACAAGGCAGACCAAGUUGACACUCAACAAUUAAUGAGAAUAUAUGGUGCAUUGAUGUGGUCACUUGGGAAAGUGUUAAAUGUUCCCGAAGUCAUGCGAGUAUAUAUUGGCUCCUUCAACGACAAGUCUAUAAAUGAUUCUGUUAGUGGUCCACUUGGUAAUGAGCUCUUCCAAAAAGAACAAGAGGACCUUCUUUCAGAUUUGAAAGAUAUACCAAAAAAAGCUUGUGAUCGUAAAAUCAAUGAAUUCGUAAAACGAGCCCGAGCUGCAAGGAUACAUGCUUAUAUCAUCAGUCAUCUUAAAAAGCAAAUGCCUGCUAUGAUAGGCAAAGCUAAAGCUCAACAACGACUCAUAGAUAAUUUAGAUGCUGAGUUCGUAAAGGUACAAAAAGAGUAUCAUCUACCACCUGGUGACUUCCCAAAUGUUGAACAUUUUAAGGAGAUCUUGAGUGGUUACAACAUUGACAAGUUUGAGAAAUUGAACAAAAAAAUGAUACAAACAGUGGAUGACAUGCUUGCUUACGAUAUUCCUAACCUUUUGAAGACAUUUAGAAAUCCAUAUGGUUAAGUUCACAAGCAACUUUUGAAAGGAGAAAUGAUUCAAAAAAAUGUGCAUGCCAAUGAGAUCUUGUGUAUGUAUAUUAUUAUAAAUAUGCUUCACCACUUAAAAAAAUGCAAUGGCUCAUCGAUGUGGCUCUACUUGAUUAGAUGAAAGUCUGUAAAACAUGUUAUAAUUUGGUACAUUUUAAUGAGUAGAAGGGAAUUUUGUUGUUCAAUGA